CAAUGCUGAGAAUGAAGAUUAAUCGGUCAAACUCGAGAGCUCCUCUUCUGCAGGCUCGGACCUCUCUAUGCACUCCCCCUUUACGCCACUAGCAGCCACCUCCGCCACCACCGCGACCUCGGCCUCCGCCGCCACCUCCACGAACGAGUCCCGUCGGAGCUAUCACAGUGCAACCCUCUAUCGCAAGCGGUUGCCUCUGCUCGGAGCUCGGCUUGACCCGCCAUGGCUAUGCAGUCUGGGAUCGGCUUAUCCAAGAUUCUGAUCCUCGCCGGAGCAGGAUAUACUGGCACGAUCCUGCUCAACAAUGGAAAGUUAUCUGAUUUACUUGGGGAGCUUCAGCUAUUUGUCAAGGGAUUAGAAAAAUCUGGAAAUCAAUCUGAUGGUGAUAAUGAUUAUUCUGAGGCUAUUGCGGCUCAGGUACGUCGCCUAGCCAUGGAAGUUCGGCAGCUAGCCUCAUCGCAGCGUGUCACUGUUCUUAAUGGAAAUUCUGGCCAAAUGGGUAAUUUAACUAAUAUGGUAGUCCCAGCUGCCACCUUGGGAGCAUUGGGUUAUGGUUACAUGUGGUGGAAGGGACUUUCGUUCUCGGAUCUUAUGUAUGUAACAAAACGUAAUAUGGCAAAUGCUGUCGCAAGCUUAACGCAGAAUCUGGAAUGCGUUACAGAAGCUUUGAAUGCUACAAAGAGACAUCUGACACAACGGAUAGAGAAGUUGGAUGGAAAAAUGGAUGAUCAGAUAGUGUUAUCAAAAGAAAUUAGGACUGAUGUUUGUGCAGUGAGAGCAGAUCUUGAUGGUCUUGGUCAUGAGUUGGAAACGUUGCACCAAAUGGUUUUUGGAUUGGAUGGGAGAUUGGGAUCUUUGGAGUAUAAGCAGGAUUGGGCGAAUGAGGGCGUGCGAUACCUUUGUUAUGUCGCGAAUGGACAGAGGGUGGAAAUGCCCAAGAUUCUGCAGGAACAACUCACAGUUUCUGGUGCACCUCGUGCCACCCUCCCAUACCCAGAUGCUAAGGGUCUUAAGGACAUUUCAGAUGCUGUAUCUGCCAGUAUCAGCCUCCCAGCUUCAGAUAUUAAGGGACAAGACCGUGAUGAUAAGUUAAACGGGAAGCAACGGUUAUAUAUCAGGGCCCCUCCUUCGAUCAAGUGCUGAUUUGAGCUUUGAUCCAUCAUCAAGCCGUCUUUUGCUGCACUAUUACGGUGUAUAAAGAUCGUAUCCACGAUAAUCAGUCGUGGGAUAUUCGUUAGUUUCGGCGUACGAGCCAUGCCUGAAAUAUGACAGUGAGUACCCGUAAAUACGUCUCAGCUAUUUUACGCACAGUGAAGCACUUAUAUUGUGCCUAAACCAUGCAAAUCUGUAUGGGGUUUUUGUUACUUUUUAGUUGCCUUCCCUUUCUGAUGAAAAAUGGGAUAGUCCAGUAAUAAUGCAUUCUGCAAACAAACUGGGAUUUUCUUGGUUCUUCUUCACAAUACUAUGUCCUUAUGGUGCUUGUCAGCUCCGAAUCGUAA